GUUUCUAUGAAUCUGGUUCAUUGAAGUAGGUCUUGGGUAGGGUGUUUAAUAACUUUAGUGGACAACGGCGUAAAGACGCACUGACGCGGAAUCAUGCCUCUGCGUCUGGACAUAAAGCGUAAGCUGACGGCGCGCUCGGACCGGGUGAAGAGCGUGGACCUGCACCCCACAGAGCCCUGGAUGGUCAUCAGCCUGUACAGCGGCACUGUGGUCGUCUGGAACCACCAGUCUCAGAGUAUUGUGAAAACCUUUGAGCUGUGUGACCUGCCCGUCCGAGUGGCAAAGUUUGUUGCUAGGAAACACUGGGUCAUCGCAGGCGCAGACGACAUGCAGAUCCGAGUGUUUAACUACAACACUUUGGAGAGAGUUCACAUGUUUGAGGCUCACGCUGACUACAUCCGCUGUAUCGCCGUUCACCCGUCGCAGCCCUUCAUCCUCACCAGCAGCGAUGACAUGCUGAUCAAGCUGUGGGACUGGGACAGGAAGUGGCUGUGCUGUCAGGUGUUUGAGGGACACACACACUACGUCAUGCAGAUCGUAAUCAACCCUAAAGACAACAACCAGUUCGCCAGCGCCUCUCUGGACCGGACCAUCAAGGUGUGGCAACUGGGAUCCAAAACUCCAAACUUCACUCUGGAGGGCCAUGAGAAGGGGGUGAACUGUAUUGACUAUUACAGCGGAGGAGACAAGCCUUAUCUCAUAUCGGGGGCUGACGACCACCUGGUCAAAAUAUGGGACUAUCAGAACAAAACAUGUGUUCAGACUCUGGAAGGUCAUGCUCAGAACGUCACCUGUGUUUCAUUUCACCCUGAGCUGCCAAUCAUCCUCACCGGCUCAGAAGAUGGCACAGUCCGUGUUUGGCAUUCCAACACUUACAGACUGGAGAACACGCUGAACUAUGGCAUGGAGAGGGUCUGGUGCAUCUGCAGUCAGUCUGGUUCAAACAGUGUCGCUUUGGGCUACGAUGAAGGCAGCAUCAUCAUCAAGUUGGGGCGCGAAGAGCCGGCGAUGUCCAUGGACUCCAGUGGGAAGGUGAUGUGGGCGCGACAUUCAGAGGUGCAGCAGGCCAAUCUGAAGGCUAUGGGGGACGCUGAGAUCAGGGACGGAGAGAGGCUUCCCCUAGGAGUCAAAGACAUGGGCAGCUGUGAAAUCUACCCCCAGACCAUCCAGCACAGUCCCAAUGGAAGAUUUGUGGUGAUGUGUGGAGAUGGAGAAUACAUCAUCUACACGGCCAUGGCCCUGAGGAACAAAAGCUUUGGAACAGCUCAGGAGUUUGUCUGGGCCCAUGACUCCUCACAAUAUGCUGUACGAGAAGGCAGUAACAAAGUCAAAAUCUUCAAGAAUUUUAAAGAGAAAAAGACUUUUAAACCUGACUUUGGAUGUGAAGGUAUCUUUGGUGGCUUCCUUCUUGGUGUCAGGUCCAGCAGUGGUCUGGCCUUUUAUGACUGGGACAGUGCUGACCUCAUCCGCCGCAUUGAAAUCCAACCUAAACAUGUGUUCUGGUCUGACUCUGGGGAGCUGGUGUGCAUUGCCACAGAGGAGUCCUUCUUUGUGCUGAGGUACUUGUCUGAGAAAGUAGCAGCCGCUCUGGAGAAGAAAGAAGACAUCACAGAGGACGGGAUCGAGGAUGCUUUUGACGUCCUGGGGGAGGUGCAGGAGGUGGUGAAAACCGGAGUGUGGGUGGGAGACUGCUUCAUCUUCACCAGCUCUGUGAACAGACUCAACUAUUAUGUCGGAGGAGAGAUCAUCACUGUGGCUCACCUGGACAGGACCAUGUAUCUUCUGGGCUACAUUCCCAAAGACGACCGGCUGUACCUGGGGGAUAAGGAGCUGAAUGUUGUGAGUUAUUGGCUGCUGCUCUCAGUGCUGGAGUACCAGACGGCUGUGAUGAGGAGGGACUUCACCACUGCAGACCGAGUCCUACCCACAAUCCCCAAGGAGCAGAGGCCCAGGGUCGCACACUUCCUCGAGAAACAGGGCUUCAAGCAGCAGGCCCUGGCAGUUACCACAGACCCAGAGCACAAGUUUGAGCUGGCUCUGCAGCUCGGGGAACUCAAGAUCGCCUACCAGCUGGCCCUGGAGGCAGAGUCUGAACACAAGUGGAAGCAGCUGGCAGAACUGGCCACUACAAAAUGCCACUUCAGCCUGGCCCAGGAGUGCCUGCACCAUGCCCAGGAUUACGGGGGAUUACUGCUGCUGGCCACUGCCUCCGGAAACGCUCAGAUGGUGGGCAAACUGGGCGAGGGUGCGGACGCAGACGGAAAGACCAAUGUAGCCUUCCUCGCCUAUUUCAUGCAGGGCAGACUGGACAAAUGCCUCGACCUUCUGAUCAAAACGGAUCGGUUGCCGGAGGCGGCGUUUCUGGCAAGAACAUACCUGCCGAGCCAAGUGUCAAGAGUGGUGAAGCUAUGGAAGGAGAGUCUGUCUAAAGUGAACCAGAAGGCAGCCGACGCUCUGGCUGACCCGUCCAGCUACAGUAACCUAUUCCCGGGGCUACAGCGCGCCCUGGUGGCCGAGCGCUACCUGCAGGAGACUCAUGUCGGGGUCAGGCCUGCUGCAGAAUACAUACUCAUCAUGCCAAAUGAGGACCGUAAUGUUGUGGAAGAAUCAGAAGGUUUUAUCCCUAAAGAAGAGUCAAAGGUGUCUCCAAAAGAGGAACCUGAUGUUAUGGAAGAAUCUACUGUCAUUAAAGAAGAGUCUAUUGUCAUUAAAGAGGAGUCAGUUGAGUCUAUGGAAAUCAUCGAUCACAUGGCUGAACCUGAACCUGCUGCUGUUGUGGCAGAUUCUAUAUCCGUAAAAGAAGAAAUAACUGAAAUAGCAACACCAGAAGAAGUUGUUGAGCAGAUUGUUGAAAGCGCAUCGGUGGCUGUUGUGACAAACUCUACACCUGAAGAAACUGAAGAGGAGGUGAAACCAGCUGAAACUCUCAUUGAACCAGAGGCGCUCGUAGAUGAAAGCACAACUCUGGCUGCAGUAACAGAAUCUCCACCUGAAGAAAUCCUGGUAGAAGAGGUUAAACCAAUAGACACACCAAAUGAGGUGGUUGAGGACACGGUUGAAAGCACAGUUACCGUGACAACAUUUGAAGAGACAGUAGUAGAGACUAAACCGAUACCCACAGCCAUUGAUCCAGUCUUAACAAAAGAAGAGGAAAUUAUGGAAACACCACAAUCAGAAAUAACGGACGAGACUGAAAUUGCGCUUACAACUGAAGGAAUUGAUUUUGUGGCCCCAGUUACCGAAAUUACCAACACGGAGCCAGAUAUUGCACAAGACAGUUCUGCAAUCGAGGAAAAUGUUGCGUCACCUGAAGAGGAAUUACAAGAAAAUUCUCAAGUAUCUGUCUUAACCGAGGAAGAAAUCAUUAAGAACCCAGUGACAACAGACGAUCUCCUCGAUAUUACUUUGGAAACUUCUACUUUAAUAUCAACAGUGGCAACCAGUGACCAGCUUUUUCAUGAAGAAGUGACGGCGAAAGAGUCGACCAUGUUGGAAGACCCAUUUUUGGUUGAGGAUGUUACAGCGCCGGUCGAAAAUGUUAAAGAAAUAGUACAGAAGGAUGUGAUGGAGGAGCAGCUCAUUUCGUUUGACUCCAUGGCACCAGAGGAGCCGCCUAAUCAAACUGCAGCGCCAACUUUAGCUGGGUUUUCGCUCAGUCCGAUGCUUGAGCCAUUGGUAGACACAACACCAGUUUUGUCAGAUAAGGUAGAGAAUGAGCUGGAUACAGAAAUGCCCGAUGUUGGUCCAAAAGUUUUAAGCGUUGGUGCAGAAGUGUUGAGUCCAGACGUGCUGAGUUCGGGUUUGGUGGCAAUGGCUGUAGGACCGGUCGUAACGGAAGAGAAAGUGGAACCAAAAACCGAAGACAGCCCAGCAGACAAGCCCCAAGAGGAGGAUGAGGGUCUUGAUGAUCUGGAUUUUGACAAUUUCGACUUGGGAGAUUUUGACCCUGGAGACGUCAACUUGGACGAAGAUUUCUCAGAUGAAAACUAAAGAGAUUUUAUCUUUAAUGAUGACCAAAAAAAGAAAUGUUUGGACCAGAAUGCCAGGAAUCAGACUUUAAAUGUUCUUAUUCGUUUUUAAAUGUAGUUGUUUUUUUUUUAAUGUUGCAACGGAAGUAAAAAUAUGUUUAACGAGUAAAUGUUUUUAAGCUAUUCAAAUGCAAGAACAAUCAUCAGUGUUGUUUACAUAAUACGCUUAAUUCUUUUUUGUUGGUAGUAGUGAUUUUAGUGCCUUCUUUAAAGUGCCUAUGACAGGUUGGAUCUCAUUUCACUGUUAAGAUGAUCAUAUUUAAGAUUUUACAAAAGAUUAAAACACUCUUUCUCCCAGUUUAGCCAUUUUUAGGCUUCAAAUUUUACUUCCUUCCGCUCGAGAAGUCCAUAACCCAACAAUCAUAUUGUACACUGAGCCAAAACUCCUCUAAUGUACAUAGACAUUAUUUGACAAUUAAAAUGAUAAGAAAACAUUUAUAUUUAUUAAAUUAUGUUGAAAGUUUCAGGGGGAAAAAAGUGUUUAUAUGUAAAAAAAAAAAAAAAAAAAGAAAGAAAGAAAUUAUAGAAUUCUUCUUAGUGUGAGAACUCUACUUCCUGUAAUUUUCCACAAUUUUUCAACUGUUCUUCACAAAUUGUGUGGUGUAAAACUAAUUUAUAUUUACAGCAGGCAUUAAUCCAACUAAUUAAAUCAAAAUUUUGUGAAUCAUCAAAACCUGACAUAUGCACUUUAAUACCUCAAAACAUUUUACCUCACGUUUGCAUAUCAUGGUACUGCGAUGUAAAUAUUUGGUCUUCUUACAAGUAUGAGGUUUUAAACAAUACAGGUGUUACAUGCAUCUAUUUUUAAGUGCCUUUUCUUUUUUUUUUUUUCUAUAAACACUACAA